UGUCGGGGUCAGUGGUUUGUGACUGGGAAGUGUCGGAGUCAGUGGUUUGUGAAUGGGAAGUGUCGGGGUCAGUGGUUUGUGAAUGGGAAGUGUCGGGGUCAGUGGUUUGUGACUGGGAAGUGUCGGAGUCAGUGGUUUGUGAAUGGGAAGUGUCGGGGUCAGUGAUUAUGAAUGGGAAGUGUCGGAGUCAGUGAUUUGUGAAUAGGUGUUUUCGGGGUCGGGUUUGCGAAUGGGAGGUGUCGGGGUUAGUCGUUUGUGAAUGGGAAGUGUCGGGGUCAGUGCUUUGUGAAUGGGAAGUUUUGGAAUCCGUGGUGUGAAGGGUUCUCGGGUGCUCCGUACUGCGACAGAUGGUGUGAGCCGGCCCGCUCACUGUCGUUGCCCCACACUCGGUGUCGAUAUCGGUCUCUGGCCCUGUCGCAGGACUAGUUUCACGGUUUGUGGCUUCUGAUGUUGAUACCCGCGUCAGGUCCUCCUCUGCGCCCCGUCUGUUUUUCACCGCCUGCCCACCUCAUUUCCCUGACGCGUCGCGUUUUCGCGUCUCCCGCGUCGGCCCGCACACUUUUUCCGAUGCUGACCUUGAAAUCCCCCGCCCCCGGGUCCCUCUGCUCACCUGAUAGCGCCGGAUUGAUUUUUGUUGUUUUUUUUUACACGGGUCUCUUUAGCCGCUCCUGCUCCGCGGCCGCUCGCCUCCGGCAGUGGCAGCGCAACGCAGCUAAGCAUGGUGAACUGUUCCGAGUUUAGCUACCCGCACGGAGAUCGCUGCUGUAAGAAGUGUAACGCAGGUUUUCGCCAUGUGGAACAUUGUUCCGACGGCAAGGAGACUGAAUGCCUACCCUGCGAGUCCGGAGAGUACAUGGACUUACUGAAUUUUAUGCCCAACUGUUUGCGAUGUUCACAGUGUGAAACCGGCAGCAACCUGGAGAAACUCACCAGUUGCAACGCCACGCACAACACGGUCUGUCGGUGCAAGAGGGGCUACUACUGCUCAGAACGGCUAGAGGGCAGGUGUGAGCGAUGCAAACGGAUCUCCCAGUGCGGCUCUGGAAAGGGGGUGACCAGAAACGCCACCGACAGCUCAGACGUCAUCUGUGCCCCCUGCCCUCCCGGAGCAUUCUCCAAUGUCACAGACUCUUUAUCGCCCUGUCAGAACCAUACAGUGUGUGCCGUCUCUGGCCGCUUCACUGUGCACCCUGGAGACGAACACCGAGACGCCGCCUGCUCACAGCAGGCCGACCCUGGCUCGGCCUGGAAAUGGAAAGUUGCUCUGAGCGGUGGGGUGGUCAUCAUCCUCAUCGUCCUUAUCAUCCUCAUCGGCGUCUGGGUGCGCAGGAGGUGCAAAGGCCACCGAGGGAGCGGCCAACUUCGCGACACCCAGCAGAUGGACAAGCUACUUCAACUACGGAUGCUGAAGAUUGUGAGGGAAACAUCUGAGGAAGUUGUUGAGGGUGUGUUGGAUAUCCGUGGAUGGCCACAGUGUCAGCGAAAAGGGGAAUAUCUGGAUGCAAAACUCGUGAAUGGACAGAGUGCGGACAAUGUUCUACCAAGCAGUCUGUCUCUCUCACCCAACACAGAUAUCAUAAAAGGAAGCUCACGCAGCCUGCCCCAAAUGCUGGUGUAUGAGAAUAUCCGCCCAUUCCUCCGCAUGACAACCAGUGAGAUUCUCGGUCAGUCGUCUGUUGGGGCCCAGAAGGACCAGAAGCUGGAGGUCUGGGCAACUGAUGUCCUGGACGAAGACGGACUGGAGAUGGAUCACGCAGUCGUGAUGCCCGAGAGCAGGUCCCUCAAUACACCCGAGGCCCAGGCCUCGGGAGCAGGCCUCGUCCGGGGGCUGGCCAAUGAGGGGGCCAGCAGGCCCAGGAGCAGGAGCCAGGCCUCGUCCCUGGCUGUCAGCACCCUUGACACAGGCGGGGACCCCCGGCCCCUCUCCUCGGAAAUCCCCUAUUCUCCAGCACCGGCCGUCCUCGGCCCCCCCACUCUCACCGCCUCUGAGGUGCUGGCCCCAGACCGCCUCCUGCCGCUGGUGUCCAUCCGCGUUUGCCCCCCCUCACCGCCUCCCCGCCCCUCCGCGGCUGGGACCAUGCACAGGGAGGGCCAGGACCUCAAUCUCUCCGCACCCACCCUGCAGCCUGAGGAGGACGAGUGGACAGAGUGAGGGGUGGGGAAGGAGGGAGGCCCUCUAGAUCCAGGCUCGUCCCCUCCUCCAAUCCUCCCUCAACCUGCCUCCGUCCCCACUCCCCCUCGCUUAGGCCACUGGGCCUGAGCAGGCGCCAUCUUGAGGAGGUCAAGGGGUAAGGGAGGCCAACUGGACAAAUGUCAAGGGGAAGGGGGUCAACUGGGGAAAGGUCAAAGGGAAGAGGGGUCAACCGGGCAAAGGUAUGAUGGGGGAAAGAAAUGACGAACAAAGGUCAAGGAGGAAGGAGGUCCACAGCAAAGGUCAAGUGCGAUGAGGGACAAGAGGGUAAAGUGCAAGGGGGAAGGGAGGCCUAUGACACAAAGGUCAAGAGGUUAGAAAGAUCAACUGGGCAAAGGUCAAUGGGAAAAGUUCACCUGUGCGAGGUCGUUCACAGCGGGUGAAGGAGGUGUGGUGGACAGGGUUGGGGGAGGUCAACAGUCGAGGGCCCACCCCAUGCUGCUGUCGAGGUGGAAGAGGUUGGGGUGGGGUGAGGGGGGUGGUGGGAGGUGCCACUGAGGGCAUCAGCCAGAAGCAGGGGGCAGCCACCCUUGGGAAUGACGUGUCCUGAGCAGCCAUGGGGUUGGGGGGGGUGGAGGGUCUCCAAGGGGCCAACUCAGAUGAACCAGACCCCCGGCGGCGAGGGAACAGCGUGCUGUCUGUACAAUUAAAGAGACUCUGACUGUGAAUCACGUUCGACUUGUUCUUGUCACACGUAGCGAGGAAUGGCAGUCAACUUGUCACAAUGGUCAGCAGGACUCCCGUCACUUCCCUCCUCCAUCACACCCCGUCAGAGGCCGCUCGGCCCAUCGGCUUGGUGCCAGCCACCUCUCAGCACGCAGGCUGGUUCAUCCC